AUGGAUGGAUAUGAAGCUCGUCGGCUUGAAAAUAUUAAACGCAAUGAAGCGCUCGUGAAAGAUCUAGGGAUCCAGAAUAAUACAAUAAUCUCCCCAAGAAAAGGAAAACAAAAAACCGGGAACCAGAAUCAAUCCCCUGCAAAACGUCGCAAAUUGUAUAUCAACCCCCCCACGCGGUCAUCGGCCCGUAUCGCCAACGCCAACGCCAAUGUCAAUACCUUAUCAAAGCAGCCCACCACUCCUAAACACGUCCACGAUGAAUCAGAUUCGUCCGGUAGUCGGCCUCGUAAAGGCCAGGCGAAGAAACCCGGCCCCAACACAAUAGCACCUAAACUCCCCAGUCCAGAACCAGAUCCUAGCCCGGACGUCGAGUCCCUAAUUGCGAAAUGGUCGUCGUGGACGCUCUCCGCCUCUCCCCCAACACGCGACGAGGAAGGAACCUACCACUUCGAAUCGCAUCCCGAAUUUACCCCUAACAAGUGCCCCGAGGAUAUCAUCCGCGAGGGGGCUUUCGGGGGACUUACUGGCGUCCGUAUUACUCCCGACGUCUCCGCACUACCAUCCGCGACGACUGGAAAGAGCUACCGUCGGAAUGGACCGACGGCUGACUCGGAGGCCAACAAGUACGGCGUCAUCUGCGGGCAGAGCAUCGAGGAGUGGGAAGCUAAGGGGUGGAUCGUGCACGAGUACGACGUGCGCGGCUGGUUCCAGUGGUACUGCCGGUUCUGGCUAGGACGCCGCUGUCCGGACGACAACCGCCAGGUGAAGAGGUGGAAGGGGUGCGUGGGAGAAACAGGGAGAUUCCGCAGAUCUCUUCUUAGGAAGUACGUGCAGAAUGGCGUACGCACCGUAACUGACGAGGGUGAUGGAGAUCAGAAGGGCGAGACCGGUUUUGGGCGGGGAGUAAAUAGUUCGCCUAAUAAUCCAUGA